AUCUGUCUUCAACUUUCAUUAACAUUUACUCUCUCAGACGGUAGACAAAGACAGAGAAGAGAACGAGAGAAAAAACAGAGUAUUUGAAAGAAGAAGAAGCAGAGAAAGAAAUGGGGAGACAACCAUGCUGUGACAAAGUAGGGUUGAAGAAAGGACCAUGGACUGCAGAUGAAGACAGGAAGCUCAUGAACUUCAUCCUCACCCAUGGACAAUGUUGUUGGAGAGCUGUUCCUAAGCUUGCUGGUCUUCUCAGGUGUGGCAAGAGUUGUAGACUUCGCUGGACAAAUUAUCUUCGACCAGACCUGAAAAGAGGUCUUCUCUCGGAUAACGAGGAGAAGAUGGUCAUUGACCUUCAUUCCCAGCUCGGCAACAGGUGGUCAAAGAUAGCUUCUCAUUUACCAGGAAGAACAGACAAUGAAAUCAAGAACCACUGGAACACUCACAUCAAGAAGAAGUUAAGGAAAAUGGGGAUCGAUCCUCUCACUCAUAAACCACUCUCUAUAGUAGAACAAGAAGAAGAAAAACCUUUAAAGAAGCUGCAGAAACCAAUGGAGCAGACUGUGGAGGAACCACCUAAUUAUUCUCUUACCAAAGACAGCAACAACAAGAACAUGCUUGUAAGUUACGAUGAUCAGCUUAUGGCGAUGAAUCUUGAGUAUUGCGUCGAAGAAGUCCCUAUGAUUGAUCCAGAGUGUUUAGAGCUUAUCUGCAACAACUCUUCAAUGUCUUCAUCCACAUCCACGUCUUCCAGUUCAUCUAAUGAAUCAAGUAUCUUGAAGGAUUUGCAGUUUCCAGAUUUCGAUUGGUCGGACUAUGGUAUUCAUAAUAAUAAUAAUGGUGUGGGAAACAUUAUGGAGAACAAUGUGAUGAGCCUGUGGGAUGUUGAUGACUUUAGCAGUUGGGAUUUGCUGUUAAAUGAUGAUAUUCCUCAGAGUUCUUCCACGUUCGGGUUAUUUUGAAUUUAUUUGAAGUCUUUGUAAAUGGAAAUUAUGAGUGGACAGAAAACCCUUUAUACACUUC